AAAUUUGUCAACUAUGAAUCUGUGUGCCUCUGUUUUCUAGCUAAUUGAGCUCAUACUCUUUUGUUCCAUGUGAAUAGUGUGCUUAUUUUCUCUAGUUAGCGAUACUAUAAUUAAGUAAUUAAUUAGAUGUCUGCGAGGGGAAAGUGCGUUAGAGGUCUCGAAUCGAUUGCAUGAUUUGUUUUGUAUUGCUAUGACGCCUUUAGAUCCCUCUUUGAUUCCUAAGUUCGAGUAAAGAAAGAUUUCUAGGCUGAUAUAAACCACUGUUGAAGUUUAUCUCGUUACUGAUUCUUGAUCAUAGAAGAUAUAUAUCUGUGAGGAUUUUUGUAGUUUAGGCUUCUUAUUAUUGCAGACAAAAGGUAGAUUCUCUGGGAUUGAUUAUCUUAUAUAUGAGGCAAGACAUGUUGCGUUUGGUGCUAUAUGUCUAGGUAAUGAAAGCUAUAUGUGGUAGGUUUCUUCCUUCAAAAUGUUCUUCAUCAAAUGCUGAUGAGAACCUUGAUCAGUCCCCAACGUCUCCAGUAUCAGAUUCGACGCUUCCCUUAGUUUCUCAAACGCUUAGGGAGGCUUCAACGUCCGAGCAUCAGCCAGUUUGCACACCACAUAAUGAUUGGACAGUGAUUCUUAAAACAGCUUCUAUGGCUAGUGGGGCUAUUAAGAGACUUCAAGACCGUGUUUUAGGGCCGAGUAGGAUAGGUAUUCCCAGCAGUACAAGCGAGAUAUGGCUACUGGGUGUCUGUUAUAAAAUCUCAGAAAGUGAAUCCUCAGAAUUAGCUGGUGCAUUUAGACAAGACUUUUCGUCCUUGGUACUAAUGACAUAUCGUAGAGGUUUUGAAGCCAUUGGAGACACAACUUAUACUAGUGAUGUCAACUGGGGUUGCAUGCUUAGAAGCGGCCAGAUGCUCUUUGCACAGGCAUUGCUGUUUCAAAGACUCGGAAGGUCUUGGAGGAAGGAUUCUCAGCCACCUGAAGAGGAAUACUUAGAGAUCUUAGAACUUUUUGGUGAUUCUGAGGCUUCAGCAUUCUCGAUCCACAAUCUUAUACUAGCUGGAGAAUCUUAUGGCCUGGCUGCUGGGUCAUGGGUAGGACCAUAUGCUGUUUGUCGAUCAUGGGAAGCAUUAGUUCGGAAGAGAAGAGAAGAAACUGCGUGUUCCAUGGCUGUUCAUAUCGUUUCUGGCAGCGAAGAUGGGGAGAGAGGUGGAGCUCCGAUUCUCUGUUUAGAAGAUGCCACCAAAACGUGUUUGGAAUAUUCGAAAGGAGAAACUGAGUGGACGUCAGUUCUUCUCUUGGUCCCACUGGUUCUUGGACUUGACAAAGUGAACCCAAGGUACAUUCCAUCUCUGAUAGCCACUUUCACAUUCCCUCAAAGUCUGGGCAUUUUGGGCGGCAAACCAGGUGCAUCAACUUACAUAGUUGGAGUUCAAGAAGAUAAAGGUUUCUACCUUGAUCCGCACGGUGUUCAACAGGUAGUGACAGUCAACAAAGAAACUCAAGAUGUUGACACAUCGUCUUACCAUUGCAAUACUGUACGUUAUGUUCCCUUGGAGUCACUCGACCCGUCGCUAGCUCUUGGAUUCUACUGCCGGGAUAAAGAUGACUUUGAUGACUUCUGCAUCCGAGCAACCAAGCUAGCCGGAGAUUCCAAUGGCGCUCCGUUGUUUACGGUGACUAAAUCUCACAGAACUGGUGAUCGCGGAAUCGCAGAAACCAGCACUGUGACAUGUACUUGUGAGGAGCAUGAAGAUGAAUGGCAAUUACUUUAACCAGUCUACAUUUUACAUUUCAAAAUAGAAAUACAGUUCUUUUUACGUUGAUGUUUUAUACUAUAUAAAAAGUUAAAAACAUCGAA